CUCACAACUACCAUGAGCAUGCAGCUAUAAAAGGGAAAUGGAUGAUCACGUCCAUUCGAGGAGCGAGGAAUCUAUAUCGACUUAUACAGACACCUGCUCACCUGUGAAGACAAUCUCUAUAAUGAAUACAGACAAGCAUGAAGUUAACCCCCAAGAGGAAGAUGGGAUGGAAACCUGUGAUGAGGGUGCAGACAUGAAGGCAGACAUGAAAGUCGAGAAUGAAGAGGAGAAACCGGAUCCUGUUGGCAACAUAAAGCAGGAGUUAGACAAAAUGGAAGAUACAGAGCCUUCCAUAAAGGCAGAGAAAGACGAUGACAUUGUCCCAAAGGAGGAGCGGGACAGGGGCAGCGAGGACAGGAUGGAGGAGGGCUUUGAUCAGGAGAAAACUGAAGAGGAGGAGGAUGAAGAUACCCUGAGCGAACCACAGGACUUGUCUCUGGCGGACUACUUAAAACGUUAUGACAACAUUGGUCUUACUGACGCCCACACUCCUGCUGACUCCGAGGGAGGGUACGUGUCCGGAGAGCUGCCCCCACAACACGCUUCAUCUCAGGGCAAACUGAACUGUGACAUCUGUGGCCUGUCCUGCGUCAGCAUCAACGUGCUGCUGGUGCACAAGAGAAGCCACACGGGAGAGCGUCCCUUCCACUGCCCUCAGUGCGGAGCCUCGUUCACACAGAAGGGGAAUCUGUUGCGCCACAUAAAGCUGCACUCAGGAGAGAAGCCCUUUAAAUGUCCCAUGUGCAGCUACGCCUGCCGCCGUCGGGAUGCGCUGAGCGGACACCUGCGCACUCACUCUGUGGAGAAACCGUUCAAGUGUAACCACUGCAGUCGGAGUUACAAGCAGAGGAGCUCCCUGGAAGAGCACAGAGACCGAUGCCACCUGUACAUCCAAAACAAAGUCAACAACGACAAAGAGGACAGUCCCGCAUCAAGGAAUCAGAUGGGCUCUGAGCGUGCACUGUUGCUGGACAGGCUUGCCAGCAAUGUGGCUAAAAGGAAAAGUUCAAUGCCACAGAAGUUUACUGGUGACAGUGGAGUUUGUCUGGACCUGAGCUUUAACAAGGAGGUGGCCCAUUCAAACAUCAAAGACCCUCCACCCAGCUCACCUGAAGCCACCCCCCAGCUUCCAGCUCCUGAGGGGGACCCACCCCUAUCCCAUCAGCCCUAUCCUUUGGUUUUAACUCGAAAUGACCCCAGCCCCCUAGGUAUAACCAACGGCCACAAGAUGGGCCCUCCUCUGCUCCCUCCUACCUCCCAGCCCUCUGUUGGCAUGGACUCGUUCAGUAGUGACAUGCCUAAUGGCCUCUCCUUCCUGGGACAAGUUAUGAGGAGCAUGAUGCAUUACCAACAGGCCCAGCCGGUGCCUCUGUCCCCCCUCGAGGCCUUACGAGCAAUGGAGGCAGAUGGAGGAGCAGUGUACCCUUGCGGCCACUGCAAGCUCCUCUUCCUGGACUACGUCAUGUACACCAUCCACAUGGGCUGCCAUGGCUUUCGAGACCCCUUUGAGUGCAACGUGUGUGGGCACCGCAGCCGAGACCGUUACGAGUUCACAUCCCACAUAGCCCGCGGAGAACAUGGCCUGAAGUACAAUAAUCUGAAGUACACAUGAGUAUAUGCGUAAUGCAGAGUCAGCCUUACUCAUCUAAGUAGCCUCAAGAUUCAACAAAAUGAGGUAGCAGUUUUUACACUGUUGGGUGUGUUUCUGACUGGAUAGCACUUGGUCUUUAUACAAAAAGAGAAGAACACAGGUAGAGUAUUGGGAGAAGGUUUUAAAAUGUUUUUGUGAAAUGUGAAUAGACUGUUGAACAUGGUCAACUGGAUACAUACUAUUUUAAUUUGUAUAUGUUAUUGUUAUGUUGUUUUUGCAUAAUAAAACAUCGUUAUAUUGUUUCUCA